AUGGGCAUAUUUCAUUGUCUUUUUUUUAAUAUUUACAGAUUGGAUGAUAUUGUAGGAUUAUCCUACCUUUUCUUAAUGCUCAGUAGGCUAUCGUUCUUCUCACUGGUUGUGUCACUGUCUUUCUUUUUGUCUGUAUGGCUGGAUAUAUUUAUUUUGGGUGUCUUUUGUCUGUCUGUCUUUCUUCCAUCUGACUUCCUUUUAUCUGUCUUCCUUCCUUCCUUCCUUCUUCCUUCUGUAUGUCUGUCUUUCUUCUAUCUGUCUUUUUUUCCAUCUUUCUUCUGGCUGUCUACCUUCCUUACUUCUAACUUUCUUCUCUAUGUGAGUCUGAUUUUCUUUGCUUUCUUCCAUAUGCAUGUCUGUCUUUCUUCUGUUUUUCUUCCAUCUGUUUUUCUUCUAGCUCUCCGUCUUCCUUCCUUCUCACUUUCUUAUCUAUGGAUGUCUGUCUUUCUUCUGUCUCUCUUUUUCUGGGUCUUUCUUCCGGAUGUCUUCCUUCCUUCUUUCUGUCUUUAUUCUCUAUAUAUCUGUCAUUCUUCCUUCAUGAUGUUUUUCUUCUCUAUGUAUGUCUGUCUUUCUUCUGUCUGUCUUCCUUUUGCCUGUCUUCUGUCUUUGUUCAUUCUUUCUGUCAUUGUUCAUUCUUUCUGUCUUUCUUCUCUAUGUAUGUCUUUCUUACUUCCUCUUCUAAAUGUAUGUCUGUCUUUCUUCUCUAUGUAUGUCUUUCUUACUUCCGUCUGUCUUUCUCGUGACUCUCUUUCAUCCUUCCCUCUGUUAGUCUUCUAA